GCACCCCUGUGAACGCCUUCGACUUUUGGCGGUUGUUUUGUUGUUGUUGGUUAAAAUGGCUGCCCGAAUAAGCAAGAGCAUCGUGUGAUACCGUUCGAUUCGGCAAGAUGACUGUUGAUAAAGUUUUGUUAGUGGUCAGUAUUAUUGAAGGAAGAAGAUUCCCAAGAAAAUCCAAUUGUAAGCUGCUAGUUGAGGCAAAAUUUGAUGGUGAAACACUUUCUACUGACCCAGUGGACCACAUAGAGAACCCAGAUAUUACUACAGAACUAGCAUGGGAAUCUGAUAAGAAAUCACUGCAUCAGCACCGCUUGCAAAGGACACCAAUCAAGCUACAGUGCUAUGCAAUUGAUGCAAAUGAAAAACGAAAAGAACCAAUAGGUUAUUGUAUUCUUGACAUACGAAGUGCUCAGCUCAGUGGCUCACCUCAGAAACCAACUUGGUUUGCUUUGCUUAAUUCAAAAUAUCAUGGAAUGAAGCCAGAAAUAAAGGUGGUUGUCAGUUUAGAAGAUGAAAACACAAAGACUGGUUCACCCGAGGCUGUGAAGCAAAAGUCAUCUGAAGAAACUGAAGAUGAACUACAACCAGUCCUUGAUGAAGAGAAGGGAUACUAUUUGAUUGGCAAAAGAGAGAAAGCAACCGAUAUAUUUUGCUUGUCAGUGACGAUUGCUGCUGCUAAAAACUUGACAAAGGUUAUUCCGUCAGAUCGGCAGUUAAAUCAACAAGAUGGUUUCUAUUUCUUUUACAAGCUGCUCGGUAACGAAGUUACAAGCGAACCAUUUCAUGACGUCAUUAAUGCAAAUUUCGCUGCAGAAAGGGCGUCAGUGCGAUUAUUUUCCAAUUUUUUGACGCUCAAAAAACUUCUCUCUCGUGAUUCAUCUAUUGAGUUUCAUUUUUGCUGCGGUAAGAGUUCCCUGGGGUCAACGACAGUGUCAGUACUGCCAGUCGUGACCGAUGGCUUGACGAAGGACAACCCGUCGAAGAUUGAGGGAUUCUUCGCCUUGUCUAGUCCGAGCUCAAGUCCUGCUACUGAUUCAACGGCACAGAUGGCAGCACUUGUGGGAAUUUCCAUUGUAUUGCGGGUUGAAGCUGAACAGAACGCAGGUGGAGUCCCAAUCCAACAAAGACCUAAAAUGGCUCAAGAAGAUCCAUCUUUCCUGCCAGAGCACCCUCUAAGUCCACCUAAAAAGGAUGACAUAAAAGCCAGAAGCACACCAGGCAAAGAUGCAGAUUACAUCAUCACAGAAAAUGCACGUGAACAGACAGGAGAUAGAGCAGGCAAGAAAACCAAGCGUCCACUAAGAUUUGCUGAUGGUCCCUCUAACGAAAGCCCCCAAGAAGAAGACCAGACUCGAAAGUCAGACAGACAAAGACCUUCGACAAAAGAGGCGGGUGCGAAGUUAAAAGUCAACGAAAAGUCGAAUCAUUACUGCUUCUCUAUUGAUCUGCGCAGUAUAAAAAACCUUGAUGUCGAGCGCCCUGUUAAUUGCUUUUGUCGAUACACCUACCCAUUUUUCGGCAGCUCUUCGCCUGUGCUUACUAGCCCAUCAGUCGAUGUCCGUAAGAACACUGAGGUCUUGCUUCCCAAGUCUUUCUGUGCAUUUGAUUUUGCUACGAAUGUCCAACUCUUAGGGCAGACUCUCACAAGGAUUCCCCUCAUCGUUGAAGUAUGGCAUCGAGAUCCAACUCGCAAAGACGCCUUGCUUGGUGUCUGUCAGAUUGACCUCUCUUCCGUUUUCACUGCCGAUAAAGUCAGCACACAGGGAAACAACUAUCGACAAAUAUGUAGCCAGGUUGCAAAUAUUGUAACACCAGACAGUUUUCGAAGAAAGGUUGGACUACUUCAUGUCGUUCUUGGUCUAGAAGAUUUUGGACCAAUGAAAACGCAGCAGACCCACGCAGAAAUUGGCACUACACAAUCUCUCAUCAGUGCUUCUUUAUCUGAAAAUACCAUUUCUGAAAUGUCUGAAAUCAGCGACCAACCGCGACCUGCCUCACACCGCUCUGUACCACAACAACAAAAACAACAUCAGCCUGAAUCUGAAGAAGGAAAACCUCGUGAUUUGCCGGAAUACAAAGCUGCCAUUGAAUUGGAACUAUGGAAGGAGCAGCAGGAAGAUUUGUUUAGAUCAUUGCUGCAAGAGAAGGAAGCAAAACUCAUGCAGACCCUGGCUGGAGAAUGGAAGAAACGAGAGAAGGAACGGGAAGACAUUUUCCAAAGGAAGGUUGACGAAUAUAUCAAGUUAGAGGAAAAGUUGAAACUGUCCAUUUCUGAUUUGGAACGCCGUGAAAAGCAAGUGGCCGCCAACGAGGCGGAAGUACAUCGACUGAAAUCAGAUCUGCUUCGAGAACAUGAACAGAAACUAUCAUUUUUGCGAGACGCAUCGGUUCGCAUGAAGGAGGACUGCGAUCAUAGAAUAGAACUGGAAAGAUUGAAGCUGCAAGAAGUCAAGGAACAGUGCCAAAGAUACAAGGAACAACUCACUGCAGCUGAAAAAAGAUACAAAGACAAGGAACAUGAGAUCAUGUCAUUAAAGGAACAGUUUAUAGACAGACCAGAGACAAAAUUGCAGGCAGACUUGAACCUAAUGUUGCUGGAAAAGGCAGAGCUUGAGAGAAGAGUAGAGCAAGCAACAAAAUCAAAGAUUCAUUACAAGCAACAAUGGGGCAAGGCUUUGCGAGAACUUGCCAAGAUAAAGCAGAAUGAGCAGAUGGCAGCGAAAAUGCGAUUAAAGCAACAAGAAAGAGAGCUGGAACACAUGCGAUUGAGAUACUUAGCUGCAGAGGAGAAAGAGAUUAUAAAAUCUGAGAAGAGGGAUCUAGCAGGCGUGAAAGAGGAGCUUCAAAGACUUCGAGAGUCACAAAUGACAAGCCAAGUCUCUGCAACACAGCAACCACAACAACCUUUGUCUCAACCUUCAUCGAACAUUCCUAAUACGUCAUCAGCACAAAUAUCUGGUGAAUAUAAAAGUGACUCUUUUACAGAGAGCAGAAUCGCAAAACUAAUAGAAGAAAGAGACACGCUGCUGCGAACUGGUGUUUAUUCGACGGACGAUAAAAUAAUAGCGGAAUUAGACAGGCAAAUAAGAGAAGCCAUUGCAGGAAAGGAUAGGUAGCACAGCAGUAGCACGGUGCUUCAUGCAUCUAUAUAGAUUGUAUUGAUUAGAUUUGGUAUUCUGCAAGGAGGUCAAUAGGUAUAUUGAAUAUACUUGGAAGACACAGCGCAUCGGUAUAUUGCUGGCUGGCCUCAUGUGUCAUGUAUUCGCCACCUGGAGAGCAAAUCCCAAGACAAGCAUUGAAGGUGCGUCUCUGGUACAGGAGACAAUUCAUCGGGACAGAAUCCGUCAGUUGAAUGAAAACUUUAGAAGUUAAAUUCUGAGAUUUUUACAAGCCGUUACCAUCGACUAUUUUUAACCGCAAUUGAACGAUCUCGUUACUUUUAAUUUUCACAUCCUUACCGAUCAUUUUGCUUCUCUGCGCUCCUUUUGCUAAACAAACUAUUUACCUUGAAAUUGCCAGUUUAUUACACGACGGCAUAAUUCAUCUUCAAAGCGAAAAGUGAAUCUUUGCCCCACAUCACUCAGUUAUUACAUUUUAAAUCUUUUCUCUGUAUUUGGGUGAAUUUACCAAGUCUUCUGUUUAACUCAAAACUUGUUAUUUUGUAACUUGCAGUUCUUAUCAUGCAAUUUUUAAACACGAUUUGUAUAUUUUAUGAAUUUUAGUAGAAUAAUUGUUAAAAAUUGUUUAUAUCCACAUAUUGAAGUCUUUUAUUGUCAGUACUUUCAAUUGCUCUUGUUUUCAAGUACGCGUUUCUGCCUUGUAUAUAUGAUAAUUGAUGAGUUUCUGCCUUGUAUUGUUUAUGUAAAACAGCGAAAGUUUGGGUCAAAAUAUUUUACAAGCGU